AGGAGAUGACCAGAGACUGCGGACACAGUACAGGAGAUGAUGACCGAGAGACUGCGGACACAGUACAGGGCAUGACCAGAGACUGCGGACAUAGUACAGGAGAUGACCGGAGACUGCGGACACAGUACAGGGACGAUGACCAGAGACUGCGGACACAUAGUACAGGAGAUGACCAGAGACUGCAGACAGUACAGGAGAUGAACAGAGACUGCGUACACAGUACAGGAGAUGACCAAAGACUGCGGACACAGUACAGGAGAAUGACCAGAGACUGCGGACACAGUACAGGAGAUGACCAGAGACUGCGGGAUACACGUACAGGAUGAUGACCAGAGACUGCGGGACACAGUACAGGAGAUGACCAGAAGACUGGCGGACACAGUACAGGAGAUGACUAGAGACUGCGGACACAGUACAGGAGAUGACCAGAGAUGCGGACACAGUACAGGAAGAUGACCGGAGAGACUGCGGACACAGUACAGG